GCCUCCCGCGAGAUCUCCCCCCCCCCCCCGUCCGCCUCCGCCUCCGCCUCCGCUCCACCCCCAUGGAUCUCCCUCGCCUCGCCGCGCUCGUGGCCACGCUCGCCAUCGCCGGCGGGUGGUGGGGCCGUGGCGCGGAGGCGUCGAUCCACACCUACGACCGGGAGCCCUUCCGCGAGGUGGGCAACGCGUUCCUUCUCUCCGGCGGCAGCGAGGGCAUCGUCGCCGACGGGGCCGACCCCGCCAGCCCCGCCUCGUCCUUCAUCAAGUUUGUCAAUGUUACUUUCUGGAGAACCGUGGAAGCAGCAGAAUCACACACAAAAAUGGCUCAUAGUACAGGCCUGGUACAAGCUAUUCUUUUUGAAGCAGCAGAUCGGGAUAAUAUCGGGGGAUCAGCAUAUGGUGGACAGAGGUCCAUAUGUUGUACCCCAGACCUUGCUAAACUAGAGGGCUGCAAGCAAGGAGAAGUAAUCAGGAGGCCAUCCUCCGAUGAUCCAGAUUGGCCUGUUGUGCUAGACACACACUUCAGCGCGAAUUACCUUUCAGUGAAGUUAGAAGAUGAUCAAGUGCACAUUACAAAGACAGGCAUGUACAGCUUGUUCUUCAUUUCUUGUGAUCCAAAACUGAGAGGCCUUACUAUGAGUGGGAAGACUAUCUGGAGGAAUCCUGGUGGGUAUCUACCUGGAAGAAUGGCACCUCUGAUGAAAUUCUACGUUAUCAUGUUGCUGGUGUAUCUAUUGGUCAUGGUUGUUUGGUUUAGCCAGUAUAUAAGGUUUUGGAGGGAUAUAUUGCCAAUCCAGAAUUGGAUCAUGCUAGUCAUUGCCCUUGGCCUGUUUAAUAUGACAUUAUGGUACUUUGAAUACUUAAACUUUAACAGUAGUGGUGUACGGCCAAUUGGAAUCACAACUUGGGUGGUCACUGUUGGGGCCAUCAGAAAAACAGUUUCCCGUCUACUGAUCCUUUCUAUCUCAAUGGGAUAUGGUGUUGUUCGCCCAACUUUGGGAGGUCUCACUUCCAAGGUGUUGCUCCUUGGACUUACAUAUUUCCUGGCGUCUGAAUUGCUGGACAUUGCAGAAAAUGUUGGAACAAUUAAUGAUAUAUCAGGCAAAACAAGGCUUUUCCUGGUCCUUCCUGUUGCAUUUUUGGAUGCUUUUCUCAUACUUUGGAUUUUCACUUCUCUUUCCCACACUCUUGAGAAGCUACAGGCAAGAAGAAGUUCUGUGAAGUUGGAUAUAUACAGAAAGUUUACAAAUGCAUUGGCGGUUUCUGUGAUAGCUUCAGUAGCCUGGAUUGGUUAUGAGGUCUAUUUCAAAGCGACAGACCCCUAUAGCGAGAGGUGGCAGAGCGCCUGGAUCAUAACUGCCUUCUGGGAUGUUCUUGCAUUUGUGUUGCUUGUUGUGGUUUGUUAUCUGUGGGCACCGUCCCAAAGCUCGCAAAGAUAUGCAUAUUCAGGUGAAGCUGCUGACGAUGACGAGGAGGAGGCUCAAUCUCUGACGAAGGGAACCGAUGGUGAAGUAGGGAUGGUAAAGAUUGAUAAGGACAGAAAUGCUGGUGUUAGCCAUGUUUUCAGCUUGGAAGGUGAGACUGAAGAGGACAAGCGGGAAUAGUAUUUUUCUCGUUCCUUACGCUCAGGUCCCGGAAAAUGAAGUGAUUUGUUGGAGCAAGAAUGUUUCAAGAUUACUUUCUUUUCCCUCUUCUUUUUGGUGGUUCAAUUCCCUUCAGCUCCAAGUUUACACAAGUUCUGUUGUAGAAGUGCCGAUUUUAUCCAUUCCCGUGAGAGUAAUGGUUGAGUUUGAUGUAGACGUCACAUAGGCCAAGAUGUUGCAUUAUUUAUAACAAUGUACAUAUCUGUUUUAUUUUGCCGGUUGCUCACA